CGGCGACAGCUUCUCGCGCAGCAGGGCUUCCUAUGAUACCUCUGCUCCAAAUGCAAAACGUAAGUAUCAGGAUGAAGGAGAGACAGAUGAAGACAAAAUGGAAGAAUAUAAGGCAAGUAGAGAAUGGGACAAUUUUAUGGUCAAGAAGAAAAUAAGUCCUUACAAUCCGUAGAGUCUUACCCAGGAAAACAAAAUUUGACAGAAGCUGAAUUUUGACAGAAUACUGAAUAAUUGUUGAUGUAAUUAGGUAAAUUUAAGACAUUUAUAUCAGUUUAACACAAGAAGUAUGUGGAUUAAAUUAGAUGAUGUAUAUGAAGCACUUAGCAUAAUGCCUAGUUAGCACUAGGCAAUAGCAUUCUUAAAUAAGAGUAAGGAGGUAGAUGUAUCAGAAACUUUGGAUAAUUCAAUCAUAUUUCAAGGGGCUACAAUACUGUCUUCUUUGAGUUGCAUUAUUCCAUGUUAACAAUAUAGGGUAGUACAAUUAAAAUAUUUUGAGAACUCAUGGGCUAGACAGCAGUGUAGAACCAUUUCUGACAGAGACCCAAGGCAAAAACCCAGCUUCUCAACUUGUAAUUACAAUAUGUAGUUGAAAAGAAAGAAAGUUAAGGGCAAAAAAACCUACCUCCAUUUUUUUCAAAUUAAUUGUCAUAGAACUAUAUUCAAUAGAGAAGAGAAUAAAUAGUUUCAGUAAAUCUUUAGGUAUAAUUAUCUAAUUUCAUAGAUAUUCUCUUGUGUAUUGGUUGCAUUUGAUACAUUCUCUUAUAUAACUUAACUAUUUGUGAUUAUAUUAGGUCAAACCAUAUACAGUUUCUGAUAUUUUAACAUUUUUGACUUAUAAAAUAGCAGUUUCAUAUGGUUUGAUCUAGUAGAAAUAAAAUUGCCCCAUUGGUGGUCAUAUCUUUCAUGAUUUGAGCUAAAUUCUAAUAUUUAAGGUAUUAUAUCAGAGAUAAAUAAUCCUAGAUAACUUAGUCAACAAAAUUAGUAGUUAUAGACAAUUAUUACUGAAGAGAAUGAAAAAGAAAUAUUUAUUUUAUAUAUUAUAAGCAUAACUAGUUACAGCUAAUGAUGAAAAGCAAAAACUUCGUUUUUUUUAGAUUAAAAAAAUUUUUUUUUAAUUUGUAUUUUAUAUAUUUAUUUAUUUGGCUGCAUCAGGCCUUAGUUGUGGCAUGUGGGCUCUUCAUUGCCACCCGUGGGCUUCUCUCUAGCUGUCGGCCGCGUGUACGGGCUUACUUGCCCCGCGGCACGUGGGAUCUUAGUUCCCCCACGGCAUGUGGGAUCUUAGUUCCCUGACCAGGGAUCCAACCCGUGUUCCCUGCGUUGGAAGGCAGAUUCUUAACCACUGGACCACCAGGGAAGUCCUGACUUCAAUAUUUGACUUUAACAGUAAUUUGAAAACUUUAUUGUGUCUUAGGGAAAGAAAAUAUUUAUAUGAGUCUUAAUACUCGAGAUAUCAUAAUAUGUAAGAUACUCCUCUUAUACAUAAAAUGUAUACUUCCUUUUCCAAGGAUGAAUUAGAACUGCAACAGGAGGAAGAGAAUUUGCCAUAUGAAGAAGAGAUUUACAAAGAUUCUAGUACUUUUCUUAAGGGAACACAGAGUUUAAAUCCCCAUAAUGAUUACUGCCAACAUUUUGUAGACACCGGACAUAGACCUCAAAAUUUCAUCAGAGAUGUAGGUUUGGCUGACAGAUUUGAAGAAUACCCUAAACUGAGGGAGCUCAUCAGGCUGAAGGAUGAGUUAAUAGCUAAAUCUAAUACUCCUCCUAUGUACUUACAAGCAGAUAUAGAAGCCUUUGACAUCAGAGAACUGACACCCAAAUUUGAUGUGAUUCUUCUUGAACCCCCUUUAGAAGAAUAUUACAGAGAGACUGGCAUCACUGCUAAUGAAAAAUGCUGGACUUGGGAUGAUAUCAUGAAGUUAGAAAUUGAUGAGAUUGCAGCACCUCGAUCAUUUAUUUUUCUCUGGUGUGGUUCUGGGGAGGGAUUGGACCUUGGAAGAGUGUGUUUACGCAAGUGGGGUUACAGAAGAUGUGAAGAUAUUUGUUGGAUUAAAACCAAUAAAAACAAUCCUGGGAAGACUAAGACUUUAGAUCCAAAGGCUGUCUUCCAGAGAACAAAGGAACACUGCCUUAUGGGGAUCAAAGGAACUGUUAAGCGUAGCACAGACGGGGACUUCAUUCAUGCUAAUGUUGACAUUGACUUGAUUAUCACAGAAGAACCUGAAAUUGGCAAUAUAGAAAAGCCUGUAGAAAUUUUUCAUAUAAUUGAACAUUUUUGUCUUGGUAGAAGACGCCUUCAUUUAUUUGGAAGAGAUAGUACAAUUCGACCAGGCUGGCUUACAGUUGGACCAACUCUUACAAAUAGCAACUACAAUGCAGAAACGUAUGCAUCCUACUUCAGUACCCCGAAUUCCUACUUGACUGGAUGUACAGAAGAAAUUGAGAGACUUCGACCAAAAUCACCUCCUCCCAAAUCUAAAUCUGAUCGGGGAGGUGGAGCUCCCAGAGGAGGAGGAAGAGGUGGGACUUCUGCUGGCCGCGGGCGAGAAAGAAAUCGAUCUAACUUCCGAGGAGAAAGAGGUGGUUUCAGGGGGGGCCGUGGAGGAGCACACAGAGGUGGCUUUCCACCUCGAUAGUUUUUAGGACAGUGAUCCUAUUAAUGCCCCUUCACCUUCUUUCUGAUAGUAUGAAUUUCAACUGGGAGACGUUGUUUAGAACUCUGUUCCAACUUGCACUUUGCUUUAGUUUCUCCAAGCUGCAGGAAUAUUUUAGGCAAACUCCCUUGCAGUUGUCACUGUCUGGUUUUGUCCAGAAUAAAUGAGUCAUCCUGUCUUUUGUCAUGUGCAUGUAACCGAACAGAAUGGAACAACACAAAUACUUUCACUUUCAGAGACAGAAUUUAUUCUGAUAGAUUUCAACUAAUUACAAAGGCUUUUUGUUUUAAGAAAUAAAGUGAGCAGUGAAGAAGACCCAAUCUGGAGUAUCAUACUAGUGCUGACAGUAGUUGAUAAUGGGCAUCCUGCCACUGCUGUCACAGCAAAAGGGAAACUGUUUGACAGCCUUGAUGGAAUGGAGUUGGGACAGAUGGUAAACUUCUCUUAGGCUUUUAAUAUUUUCUUGUUGAAACAAUAAAAAGAGACUUCUUUUUUUUUUUUCUUUAUGAAAAAUCUUAAACUCAUAUAAUUUGACCAUAGAAGAAAUUGAGAGACUUAGAACAAAAUCACGUCCUCCCAAAUCUAAAUCUGAUUGGGGAGGUGGAGCUCCCAGGGGUCGGAAGGGAAGAGGUAGAACCUAGUAGGCAGACUUUACAAAGAGAAAAAAAAAAAACUCAUUAUAAUCUCAGUUGUGCAGCUAUUGAUGACUGUUAACAAUACUUCCAAAAAAACAAGGACAAAUAUCCAAGUGCUAGAACUUUGGUAUGGACUUGAUCUUGGAUUGACUUUCAAAGCAGUUUCAUAUUCCUUAACAAAAUAAAAGAAUUGGAUGCAACAGAGACACCUGUUUAUCAGGUACUUGGUUUAAACAUUUUGGGGAAUAAAGUACGUGGUAAUGAGGAAAUGACAUGCAUCUUUAAACUUCUUAUGGAGAAAACAAUGUAAAACCCAAUUACAGAAGACCCUCAACUUAAGAAGAGAGCUUGGAAAAUGGAACUGCAGUUGCCUUUUAAGGGACUGGUUUCCCAGAUCAGUUAGUUAUGUGAGAUUUUAUGUUGUCAUUUCUCUUUCUGUACUGUAACCCAUGUUUUAAAUGAAUUUGCUGAAUGAAAUAAUGCCAUUAUUGUUCUUGAUAAAUCUAUUUUUUAUUUUGUGUAUGAUUUUUCUAAUGAAACUUUAAACCUUUGAAA